CAAUGAAUGUGCAGUGGAAAACAUAAACUGUGGUCCCCAUGCCAAAUGUCAUAACAAUAUGGGAGGGUAUGCUUGCAUGUGUACGGUUGGAUUUAAGGCAAGCAGUGGAAAAGAGACAUUUAAGGUUGACCAGAAAGUUAUAUGUGAAGAUAUUGAUGAGUGCACAGAGGAAGACUGCGGUCCCAACGCCACAUGUCAAAACAAUGAGGGGAGUUAUGCUUGCAUAUGUAAUGCUGGAUUUAAGAUAAGCAGUGGAAAAGAGACAUGUGAGAAAGAUAUGUGCACAGUGAAAAACUGUGGUCCGUAUGCCACAUGUCAAAACAUUGAGGGAGGUUACACUUGUGUCUGUAAGGAUGGGUUUGUGACGAGCAAUGGAAAUGACACAUUUUUGGCUGACCAGGGAGUGACAUGUCAAGACAAGGAUGAGUGUGUCCUGAACGCCACCAUUUGUGGGGGGAAUGCUAAAUGCCACAACAUCCCUGGGAACUAUUUCUGUAGCUGUAACCCUGGAUUCAGUCAGAACAACAAAACUGGUAUUUGUGAGGCAAUAGCUAGAGGCUCGAUUGCUAACGCAAACAAGAGAGGAGACAGGGGGCACCCCUGCCUGGUCCCACGUUGGAGUUCGAAGGGCUGA